AUGAUGCCGACACCUCCGUCUAAAUCGAAAGGUUCUUUUCAAGUGAACCUUGAGGGCGACGACGAAGGAAGUUCCACCAAUGUGCGGGGUCCCUACUCUGCGCAAGCAUGUAACAUUUGUCGUCGAAAGAAGACAAAGUGUGACAAUCAGAGACCCGUAUGUGGUCAUUGUUUUAAGUCAGGUCGGGAAGCAGAGUGUUCAUGGGCAAGAGAACCUAUAGUCCGCAAAGCUCGAACCGAGGCUCUCUUCGAAUCCAUGCAGAAGAACAUCGAGGCGCUCCGGGAAUACGCUAAUCACCUCGAAAAGCUGCUUGACAAAUGCUGUCGAGAGCAUGGGGGUGACAUAGACACAUCAUACCUUCGCCUUCGGCCCACAGACGCAAUGUGGGAUAUGGCAGACCAUAUCCCAGAACGAAUUGAAGAGACUGGUGCCGGGUCUGACUCGGAAAAUGAAUCUCCAGUCAGAGAAUUGUGCAUACCCACCCGGAACCUCAACCUCGAAGAAGGAGGGUUUCUUCUUGCGCAUGGCAAUACCGCAGUCUUCCGUUUUGUGCAAGUUCCUCUCCCAGUCGAGGGGCCUUCUCGUUUCCCAGCCAUCGCGGAGAACCCUGACGCGACUUACAUACUGCUGGCAGACGGUGUGGAUGACAGCCACUAUAAUCCGAACUUUGAUUGGUCGAGACACCUCCCGUCCAACGUCCUCCUGGACAGGAGGUCCCAUGACAAAGCCCUUGACCUUCUCUUCAAGUUCUUCACGUCCUGGUGUCUCCGCAUCGUCCCGGCCCUCUUCCUUCGAGACAUGUACCGAGCACUCGCCGUUCCGCGCUCCCACACCCCGCCCAAAACUCCACAUUACUCCCCCAUGCUGCAUAAUGCUCUCGUGGCCCUGGGAACGGCGUUUCUCGAUGACCCAAACAUCCGGGACCUCAAGUCCCGUCGGUGUUUCGCUGAUACUGCGAAAUGCUAUCUAGAGGUUGAAUGCCAAAAACCUCAGUUGAGUGUAGUGCAUGCGUUAGACUUCCUGGCUGCCUUCCAUGCUUCUCAAGGGGAUCAGACCCUUGGGUUUCUUUACUUUGGCAUGAGUGCCCGGAUGGGUCAAGCCCUGGGUCUAGGUGUCGAUUGCUCGGAUUGGGUCAAACUCGGUCUCAUCGACGAGACUGAGAGGCUUGACCGAAAUUGGGCGCACUGGACCACAUUCUCGCAGGACGUGUGUUGGUCCUUGUAUGUGGGACGUGACUUCUGCGUCACAUCCCCAUUGAAUUCAUCGGUCCCUGUCCCUUUCGUGGACACGGAUUUGGAUGAGAUGCCGUGGUCUCAUCCACCGGCUGGCAUCCCUCCUCAAGCUAAUAAUAUUUCGAAAACCUUCGCGGUGACUUGCGAGUUGUUGAUGAUCGCACGCCGCAUUAUGGAUGUUGUAUUCCGAUUGCAAACGUGGACUUGCCUGCUGUUGACGGUUUUCUUUAUAAGCAUCAAACUCAACACUUGGAAAAGCUCGCUCUCUCCAGAAGUUGACAUCAGCAUCGCUUCCCGGUCAACGGCGACGCCUCACCGGCUAAUGCUCCACCUAACAUAUUGGUGGCUAUUCAUCCUUCUCCAUCGUCCCUUCUUCCACCGCAGAGCCAAGCUUAUUCGCUCCACUGACAAGGAGAUUGACCACGUCAAGCUCUGCAAGCGCGCCGCAAAAAACAUCAUGGAGUUACUCGCGACUUGGCGUUCUCUCUACACAUUGCGAUACACGCCAAUCACUCUGGCACAGGCAGUAUUCUCAGCUGGAACGGUGUACCUCUUAUGGGGCGUUCAAGCAACUUCCGGAACCCGCUUAGCGCGCAACGAGCUCGAGACUGCUCUGGACCAGCAAAAGCUCUGCCACCAGUACCUCGUCGAGAUUGGGAAAUCGUGGCAGUGCGCUACGAACAUCGCGGGCAUCCUCAAGAACCUGAUGCAAGAACAGCUAAAGCCCGUGCUGGAGCGCAGGCAGUUGGUUCCCAGAGUGGUGGAAGAUGAGGGGAUCAUCCUACCAGCUAUUCAGAGGUCGUCUUCUGCCUCUUCUCGUAAGCGCACGACUGCGACCUCGCACCGAAAAGGGAAACAAAGGGGGAGGGGACAAGCGCUGGACACUGUUCUCCCACCUCUAGAUGCUCCAUUCAAUAUCUCCGAUUUUCAUCAUCCACACAACUCAUUCCCAGCUCCCCAAAUGAAAGCUUCUACUUCUUCAUCUUCCACCUCAUCAUUCUCCUCUCACCCGAUCCAAAUACCAGUGCUCCCUUCUUCCACCUCUGCGUUUCUCCCUCCCUCCCCCAGCCAAGCUUCGACUUCUGCGUCCUCCUUCUCCGCACCUCCAUUCGGACAUCUGGAUGCAUGGCGCUACCGAAAUCCAGUGGGGGGUUCAGCAAGCUCAAUUUCACCACCCUCCCCAUCGCUCUUCAGCAUGGAGAUGCCCCAACAAGGAUAUAUCGACCACCACUUAACCCCAGCUCCGAUCGCUGUAGCAGGCCCCCAUCGCUCUGUGAGCAUGGUUAACAUGGGAGACGGACAGGGAUACAUCCACGAACAACGUGAUCCGGUCUCCUCAUUCGCAGCAGUGCCUUGGUUCCUAGCAAAUCAAGCCGAUUCUCCCUCUUCAUCACCACUAAGCCUUAAUUUGCGGGGUGCAUUGUGGCCUAGCGUUGAACCGAUGAAUAUCGGGGAAGAUCAGGAAUAUCGUUAUGAGGAUGAUGCGAUGACGGAUGAGGAUCGUGCGAACUUGAAUUAUUGGCUUCAGCAGCUGCAGGAGUAG